GAGCGUGAGCAUGUUCGACAUGAGAUGUCCAGACGAGGGUGCUGUGAAUCAACCUCACAGUAAAGCUCGCCAUGAAAAGCUUCAGAUCGUUCAUCACCAGCUGAAGGAAGACGAGGACCAGUGGCAAGAUGAUUUAGCCCGGUGGAAAACCCGUCGUAGGAGUGCUUCCCAGGACUUGCUGAAAAAAGAAGCCGAGAGGAAGAAGAUGGAGCAGCUACUCAUUGGAGGAGAGGGAAACAGUGAGAGAAGGAAGAGCGUCAAGACGUAUCGAGAGAUUGUGGAGGAGAAGGAGAAGCGUGAAAGGGAACUUCACGAAGCCUACAAGAACGCCAGCUCUCAGGAAGAGGCGUACAAUAUACUCCAACAUUACAUCGAGAGGUUUGCCAUUAGCGAAGCNGAAAGGAACAGCUUUGAUAGUUACAACUAA